GAUUCAAACGAUCUUGGGGGAGCGCGCGACAGCCGAGUCCGCGAUGAGGCGAUCGGGGCGGCCUAGUCUCCGGCGGCGGCAGGAUAUGGAUACUUCUGAUUCUGGAGGCGUGACCCCUUUAGGACGAAAAACUGCAGAGACUGGAAUCAACUUUACAAGUACGACACGUUUCUCAAGAGGUUUGACAUUCAUCAGGACACAUACUCUGUUUGGUCAGAGCCCAGCUAGAAGAAUAAUUCCACAAACAUGUUUACUGCAGGAAAAUGCAGAUCCUCAGAAGAUAGCAUUCCUUCUACGCAAACAAUGGACCUUGUAUAGUGUGACCCCCAUGUACAAAUUCUCUUAUGGUAAUCUGAAGGAGUAUUCUAGACUUCUGAGUGCCUUUGUUGCUGCUGAAAAGCGGAAAGGACUUGCUGUAGAAGUGGGCAAUGAUCUUGGUAUCAAAGUGACUUUGUCCACCCUUUUAGGACUCAAAGGUACGGAUCAAGACCAGGUUGCAAUCCUUGUCCAGAUUGCAUCAAGAUCUCAGCUCCCAUGUGAAAAUGCAGAAGACAAAGUGGUGUGGUCAGGCUGGUUCUGCUGUAUAUCUGGAGAUGAUCUUUUGGAGAGUGUACCAGACGAUUUUACCUGUUUAUCUUUGUUCCUUGCAAAUGGGGCAGAGAGUUACACAGCCAUAGUUGGCAGUUGGUUUCAGAAGACCUUUGACUGUUAUUUCAGUCAUUUAACCAUCAGCCCACUCAAUCUUGCCUGGAUGGCUGCUAUGUGGACUGGGUGCAAAGUGGACAGUCAUAUGGCUGCAACAGAACUUGUUUUCUCUGUGCCCUGCAUUCCCCAGUCUCUGGACAUUUCAUAUGCCAUACACCCUGAGGAUGCAAAAGCCUUAUGGGACACAGUGCAAAAAACUCCUGGGGAGGUUACUCAAGAAGAAGUGAAUUUAUUUAUGGACUGCCUUUACUCUCACUUCCAUAGACACUUUAAGAUCCACUUGUCAGCCACAAGACUGGUGAAAGUUUCUACAUCUAUAGCUUCAGCACACUGUGAUGGGAAUAUAAAGAUCUUACACAGCAAGCACUUAAUAGGAGUGUUGACACUGCUGACAGAGCUGGCGAUCUCACAGAUACAAUGAAACCUUGUACUCUAUACCUCUGUCCUAAAAAACUUAUUAUAGAUGCUCUGCUUGGACCACAUGAAGUCCAUCUGCAGUAGAUUCAUGUUUGAGAGACAUUGACCGCAGAAAGCUGGCUUUCCUGCAGAUUUUUUUAGCCUGACAAAACUCCAGUCCACCAAGUGAAAGCAUAUUAGUUUCAUUUGACCUCAUUGGUUCCUGGACUGAAAUCCACAAUGGGUAAUGAAGCAAAGAGAGCCAUCGGAGGAAAAUAAUAUAGUUGCACGUUUUGCUAUAAUAAAAAGGUAACAUCAAUAAAGUAACAUUUUAUAAUGAUUCAAGUAUCAUUUAAAGGGUCAGGCAUGAGAUGGAACACUGCCCCUGCUCCAUAGCCUAGAUCAGUGGUUCUCAAUCAGCACCCAGCUGCAACCCAUGUGACAUCCUUAGGGCCAUGCAGGUAGUAUAUAGUAUGGAUGUGGCUCACAUAACACAGAGCUGCACAAGCGGCCCACAAUGGUAAAUAGGUUGAGAACCACUGGCCUAGAGGCUAACACAGUAGUGCAGGAGAGUGAUAUAUGUAAUAUAGGGCAGAAAAGCUUGUCUGUUGGGAUUAAUUUCUGCAAGGUUCAAAAGCACUCCCCUAUGUUUGGUGAGUGAACAGUGAGAUAUUCAGAAGAAUCAGUAUGGCCUUGGUAUCAGAGCACUUGAAGGAAAAGCCUCCUGUUUCCAGCUCUGCUACUAGUGACCUAAGCAAAUCACUUAACCUUGAUGCCUGUUUUUUUAACUACAAAUUAGGAUCCUGGCUACAUUUAAUAUAGCUGUUUGAAAUGUACAGAUUAAAGUGUUGUAAAAUGAGAUUUCCCCCACCACACACACACUGCAAGUACAUAGAGAGGGUUUUUUUCUCCUCCUUUUACUUGACUUUAGCUUCACUGAGUAUCAACCUCUUUCAGUCUUACUUGACUUUGCUGUUGAAUGUACUGGCUCUGAAUCAAUGUGAAAACAGACUUUUGCUCAAGCUGCAUUUUACCUGCCGCAAUCUACAUGGGCAGUAAGACCCCCUCACCUACUCUUGAAUUUGUCUAUAUUUAAAUACUUUGUGGUACAGACCAUCUUUUUGUUGUUUGUACAGCACAUGGCACACUGGCUAUGACUAGGCUCCUAAGUACUUCUAUAAUACAACUAGCAGGCAGGUGCUUAUCUGGCCUGACUUUCAGAACUGCUGAGCACUCACCAGUUCCCACUGAUCCAUGGCUGCUGUUGGAUGAAAGGUACCUAAAUAUUUUUUUUUUUCCCCCCAGAGCAUAGUUUCAUAGUUCCAUUUUUUAAAAUCUUGGCUUACGCUUUCAUUUUAAAAAAAGUACAUUCUAGGCAAGAGACUGAAAACUGAUAUAAAGAUUGGCAGCUUGAGGCAGUUCCUGUUUAUAUUGAGGAGCUUUAUUCUGAAAUUCAGUGACUUAACUUGCACUGCUGAUCAGUUUAGGAGAAAGGUCCAACUACUAUAUUUAUCCCAGAACUGUAUGUUUCUCUCACCUUCUCCGAUACCAAAAUCCUUGUCUUGUUUGCAUUGUCAUUAUAAGA